AUGAACAAAAUAAUAUUUUUUAUAUUAAAUCGUAAGAAAUAUCUUUAUAAGAUUUCGGGAAAUAAUUUUUGUACAAACAAAAUUGUAGACAAUAUUGGAAUGAAAAGAUUUUAUAAUAGCACAGGGAAAGAAUAUGUAUUAAAAAAUAAGGAUAUUCAUAGAAAAAAGAAAAGGAACCUAUGGUUGAAAAAAAUUAAUUUAAGUGAAUUACCACAUAAAAAAUAUGGAAAUAAAUUAGGAUCAGUUGCAAAAAAAUUAUAUAUGAAUGGUUUGUAUCAAAAUCUUGAUAGAAAUAUGGAAAGAUAUAAUAAGGAUAAAUAUUAUAAUGAUGAAAAUAAUGUUUCUGUGGAGAGUAAUGGUCUUAUGUCAAGUAUACAAAGCCAAAUAUCUUCAGUUGAUAAUAAUAAUACAAUUUUAUGUAAUAAUUUAGAAUUGAUUGAGGAUAACCAAAAUGCUUGGAAUAUUAUAUGUAAUGAAUUAAAAUGUCAUUUACCAUUUUUACAACCAUAUAGCAUAACAGUGACAUUGAAUUAUUUGUCAAAAAUAAAUUAUGAUGAAUAUGAUAUAUUUAAAUUUAUAGCUAAUAAUAUUGAUGAGAGAUGGUUAAAGAACUUUAAUAUUAAAGAUUUAUCAUUAUUAUUAUUAUCUUAUUCAAGAUUGUAUAUAAAAUACGAUUCAUUCAUAAAUCGUAUAAGUAGAGAAUUGAUAUAUAAAAUAAGUUAUGCAUCAGUAGAUGACUUAUCAAAAAUAGCAUAUUCAUAUACCAAAAUGAAAAUAUAUGAUUAUGAGGUUUUUCUUCAUUUAUGUAAUGAAAUAAAAUAUAAAAUAAAAAAUGAAAAAGAUGAUAAGGUUGUUUGUGAACCACUUUGGGGAAAUUUAAAAGAAAGCAUGGAAGGUAAUAAUAUUCCUGUUAUAAAUACAGUAGAAAAUGAAAAAAAAAAUAUAAAUAAAAAUAUUAAUGAUAAUAAUAAUAAUAAGAAGAAGAAUAACAAACUAAAUAAUUUCAGUUGUGAAGAUAAACCAUUGGAUUUAAAAUCUUAUGAAGAUGUUCCUAUAGGAAUAGGAGAAUAUGGAAAUACUCAAAAAUUUAAUGAUAAUAAUAAAACGAGUAACUAUAAAAAAAAAAAAAAAGAAUCUUAUCAUACUGAUUAUAUAAGUAAAGAAGAAAAUGGAGUAGCUAUAGAUUAUAAUGUGGAUCAUAUAAAUGUUAAGGAAAAAGAAAAUAAAAAACAUUCUAGUUUGUGUUUGUUUUUAUAUUGUAUUGGUAAAAUGAAACAUCGUGAUAAUAAAUUACUAGGUAUAAUUGCUGAAUAUUUAAAAUUACAAUAUCUUAAUAAUAUCGAUAUAAGUAACAUGUGUUAUACAUUUUCUUUAUAUAAUUAUUAUUAUACAAAUGAUUUUUAUAAAAGUUUUUGUUUAAAAAGUAUGGGAAUAAUAAAUGAUAUUGAACCAUUACAAAGGGUUAUCAUUUUAACGUAUAUGCUAAAAAACCCCAUGUUAGAUAUGAUGCAUAUAUAUGUUAUGUAUCUUAAAAAUAUAAUAAAUGAAAUGAGUAAGAAUAAAAUAUACAAAGAAAACCUAUUUCUAAAUUUAUGUAUAAAUAGUAUAUCAUGUGAUACAUUUUUAAACUUCUUGUAUGAAUUGUUAUAUUCGAAAAAAAAAAAUUUUUCUAAGGAAGAAGAUCAGAAAUAUAUGACAUAUAUAAUAGAUAAUGCUUUCAUAAUAAUAAAUCUUAUACUAACUUAUAUAGACUUUUUUAUAAAGAAUAAAAAUAAAAAUAUAUCCUCUAGAGAUAUUGCUAAAAUUUUUAAUAUUCUAAUAAAAAUAUAUAAUAUCAAAAAUGACACAUUAAAUAUAUCUAAAUAUAAUAAUAUGAAACCGUUCCAAGACAUUAUAAAUUGUCUAAAUGUUCAAAUUGAGAAUACAUUAAACAUUAUAAUAAAUGAUAUAAAUAAAAUUCAUAUAUUUGACUUAACAAAUAUAAAAAAGAACUUGUUAAACUUUAAAUAUAAUAAUAACCAAUAUGAUGAACAAGUUAAAACAAUAUUAAAUUCUUUACGUUUAUUGGUAAAGUGA